AUCCCACCUGCCGACAAUGAUGUCUCAACCACGCCAAUCCUGGAAAAACAUUUGAAAGUCAAAGUCAACACACAGCUGUCAGAUUUGGAACUGGCGCCUGACGAUAUCAGCCUUUCCAUUCCUACCACUUCUGUUCCCUCCGUCGCCAAAGUCCGCUACUCAGUCGUAGCUUCAACCUCCAGUCACUCACCGCCUCUCAGCGGCUUAUCUUCCCUCUUCAAUCGGAAGAAGGCUGCUGACACCGAUGCCUACGAACUGUUCCCUAACUGUGACAACUAUGUGCUGUGCGCUCUGUUCGCUGAACCGCGCUCGAAGCUGGAACACCUGGAGGAGGAGGACCCAUUGGCUGGGUCAGUAACUUUGGAGGACUUUUUUAAUCAGAGUUUAGAAUUUGAGUUUUCAGAACAUCCAGACGACGGCCAUCAGUCGGUUGUGGAAAUGGACGGAGGAGAAGACGAGGAGACAGCGGAAGAGGAGGGGGACGAAGAAGAAUCCAUCUCUGGUGAGUCGCCUUCGAGUUGCAACAGCAGCAGUAGGCAAAUAACGGCGGAAGCGUAG